UAAAAGUCAUUGCGAAAAUUCAAUGUGUAUGUGUAAAGUUAAUAAAUAAAUAUACCUGCGAUAUUUAUAAUUGGUGUUCUCUAGACGUUCAAAAAUUAUAAGAAAUUGUUACUGUAAUGUAGGGUACUUUAUGUAAUGAUGAUUAUCCCAUAGAUAACGAAUUCGCAGGUUUUUAUGAAUUUAUAAACUGUAGCCAAGGCAAGUCACUAGGGCUCUGUGAAUUUCACCCUCUUUCUUCUACCGCAAUGCUUCGCAGCAACAAAGUAUCUAAGAAUGAAUAUGUUCAACAUUGAAUCCUACGUAACAUCCAUACUGCUGAAUCAUGUGGACAAAUUUGUGCGUGAUUUUGAUCCCGCUGACGCUAAGGUGUCGUUAUGGAGUGGUGGAGUAACACUCCAUAACUUGGUGCUCAAAGCAGACGUGCUUCAGAAUGAAGUUCCACUGCCCUUUAACCUGCUCUCUGGGAGGAUUCACGAACUCCACAUAAAAGUGCCAUGGACCAAGAUCAUUUCGGAACCCAUUGUUGUCACCAUCAAUACAAUUGAAUGCAUACUCAGCUUAGACCCGCCGCCUGAAGAAGAGACCCCGCAAGAACCCGCUAGGACACAAGUGGAGGAAGCCCCGCCGGGCUAUAUGCGCGCACUGGUUCGAAAAAUAUUGAGCAAUAUUGCUGUGCGAGUGAACUCGCUGAUAGUGAAGUAUGUUCACGACGACGUGGUGCUUUCGCUGAAUGUCAAACGGCUGUCGGUGGAUAAUGUUGGACCUAAUUGGGAACCUGCCUUUACGGAUGUAGAUCUCCCAGUCGUCAGAAGGGUGGUGACCCUCGAUGACUUAACUUUGUGCCUCGACAAGAGUGAUUCCGAUGGAAAGAUCAGGUCCUUCUACGAGCCUUUACUGUAUCGCUGCCAACUCGUCUUCAGGGUACUGACUCAUCUAGCGUCGGCGAACAACCGCAAGGCGCGCAGCCUGAGCGUUCGGCUGCUGUCGAGCGGGCUGACGUGGAGCGUCAACGACGAGCAGCUGUUGCUGGUGCUGCGCCUGCUGAGGGAGCGCAGCGCGCCGCAGCCCGCGGUGUUCACUCCGAAGCCAUACGCCGCGCAACUCAACACGUCACGUACGCGAUCAUUGGACUCGUCGUCCAGCUCGACAGAGUCGGACCUGAAUGAGAGUUGGUCGGACUGGGCGCGCUCCUGGCUCCCCACCUGGAUGGACGAGAGGCGCGUCGAGGAAACAGCGGCGCUCGCGACCACCGUUCCGCUGCAAUUCUCCGCGUAUUUCGAUAGCGUGUCUUUGGUCUUGAAGAUAAUGGAGAGGGAGAGCUCGGGCCGCAAACGAUCGCGCGCCAUCUUGGAAGUGACUGCGACGGACGCCGUGGUCGGGUGCUCGAUGUGUCUGCCGACGUCGCUGCUGAUCAAGACGGGCGCGAGGAGCUUGACCGUCGCCUCGCGCGGUCGGUGCGUCUGCGGCUACGGCGACGGGACCACGGCUGAUGAAGACCAAGCUAUAUAUCUGGCUAAAAUACCUGAUUCGAAUGAAGAACCCUGGGUGUGGGUAGAGGAGCAGUGGCAGGAUCAAGUGGUGGAGACAGCUGUGGUCGCGGACGAAGAACUCACGGUAGAGGCUGAGGUAACAAACACCGAGCAAGAAAACAUCGAGCAACCAAUCAACGAGUCGAAGGAAGAGAGCGAGGCGCAGCGGGAGGCGGACGAUCCGUGGCACAAGAUGGCUCCCGUGGUAUACCUGGAGUACACGCACCGCCGGUCUCCGCCCGACCCGUCGUUCCCGGACGAGAAGCCGCCGAGGGAUUUUGAGUAUAGUGAUUGGGUGGAGGACUGCAGCAUGAACAUCGAAGUGCGGCCAAUAGAGGUGAACGUGUGCACCGGACUACGACAUCGCCUGUCGGUGCUCUGCAACGUGCUCAAAGAGUUGCCGCCUGUGGCUGAGCCAGAGCUACAUACGCGGCCGCUGACGGUGGAAGAGUGCGAAGCGCUGACGAAGAAUUUGCCCAUCAGGCGCACAAAGGUGCAGCUGACGGGCCUGCGCGUGCGUCUGGUGCCCUCCGAGCACGCGGAGCGACCCGUCGCGCCUCGCUUGCUGCUCGACUUGCGUAUUCCCCAGGCGACUGUCGAAUCCUCCAGAGCUCUGUACCCUGACAGAGUGUGCUUGGCCGCAGCACACUUGGACAAGUUGGAAGGGCCGCUGUGGCACGGCGCGCGAGUGCACCACUCGGCGCAUCUCUCUUCCGUGCAGCUCGGCAUCUGUGCGCCCGAUGACGACGUGGCCCGACCGUGCGUCAGGGCUGAGCUCAAGCUGGCCUCGCAUCACUUGGAGAAUAAGCAUUAUUUCUACAAGCGAAACACCGAGCAGAACUGCUACGAUAUUUUAAUACAUGAAGCAAACAUCUGCGGGUCGGCGCCUCGUUUGCAAGCCGCUGUCGAGCUGGCGAAGUCUUUCGCGAACAAUAAAGUGUCUCUCGCUCUGCGACACACCACGCUCGCAAGAGACGCACUCAACGAUGAAGAUUUAGUAGCAAUAGAUGUAACAUUGGAGGAGUUCAUGUAUUUCUGGGCAGUCUCCACAGAUACCUACGCACAUUACAUAUUCUCGAAAACUGUGAAAGCGACUGCACUGCACUCGCCGAGUGGAGGCGAAGUCAGACAGGCGUGGCUCUUCUCAGGACCGGAGUCUUCUUCAGUAGGGUAUUUUCUCAAAUUCGGCGUGCAGUUUAACCACGCCGCCCCUAUGUCCUCUAUGUUAGAAUACGUAACCGCGAUCGUGGAACCCUCGGCAUGCAGUCUGGACACGCUGCUCGCGGAGUUCCUGGACUACCAGCCGCGACUCGUCGUACCUACUGAUUCAGACUUCCACAUUCCGGGUGCGCGAACUAAGUCUUCUUCACAGUACCUGUUACGGCAACGGGGGACACCACCGUCUUCGAUUGGGCGCUCGCAUCGCUCGGGCUCGCACUCCGAGCCGGUGCACGUGAGACCGCGCAGCUUGGACUCGGGCAGCGAGCCCGACGAGCGGAGGGACGGCAGGCAGACACAGCAGACGCCGCAGAGCGCGCAGUGCUGGCUCAGCGACGCGCAGCUGCUGCAGCUGCAGGACCGCCUCAGCCGCCUGCUGCUGCGGCUGACCGUGGGCUCGCUGCGCCUGUACAUACCCAACGCCACCGUGUCCGCCGUCGACUGCGACACCAUCUACAGCGCCAUGGCGCGCUUCGCCCUGAGGGGUGGCCGCCCCGUCAUUUUAUGCGUCAGCCAAAUAGUCCUUAGUUCCGAUCCCAGAAUGCAACAUCUCUGGUCAACUGUCAUCGUCGAGAAGCCGAAUGUAUUUAAAAACCUACGCGAACAAGACGUGAUGGACGACUCGUUCCCGUGGAAGCUUCGUGUGUGUAAAGUGGAGUGUUACACAUGGUUCGUGGAGCGGGGCGCCAAAGAUAAACUCACCAGUUCCAAAUCGCGGUCGAAAAAGUCCACAGCGGCGGUGUUGUUUCCCAGCAUAGUAUUUCCGGAGGUCUCCACAACUGUCGCGCUGACUAUGGCCAUGAAGACCAUACAAAUAAGACACAUCACAAAAGCUGAGAAGCAACCUGAGCCACCGCGUGAGGACGAGAAAACUAAAUACUUCACAAGUGGAAUUGAUUUCAAACCAACAUCUCUAAAAGACUUUAUCCGGGGCCCCAUUAAGCGAAAGGAAUCAACUCCAAUGACGCAAGAACGUCUCUCGACUCAGUUCCCCGGCUACCAGACCACGACGACUCAAGGGCCACCUGUGUCCGUGGGCGUCAACGUGUACGCUGACUCGACACCAUUCUUGAUGUGUGUGGACCGGGAUCAGGUAGUCAGAGUGACCGAAGCGAUACACGGCUUCGCGCAUAUCAUAAAGUUGUUAACCCGUCCUCCCGUCAUACCGAAGCAGGGGUUCCCCACCAACUCAUCGCGUGGAUCUCUCGCAAGAUCCGUCUCCGAUAUGGAAGCAAGACAGAGUUUGUCAGACGAAACAAGCGAGAAUCGUUCUGAACAACUAAUAAGCAUAUUUGAGUCCCAGCCUGCUGUUGCAAAAGAAACAACAUUAAAGAAGUUCUUUUGGUUCCAAUGGGUGUCAAAUCACUGCGAACUGAUGAUCACGUUACAAGAAGCGAGCCUCGACUUUCAGCUCGAAGGCACAAUGUGUACGGUGGAUCUGCAGACUGAUCACAGACAAUUUAAACUCAAAAUAACUUCAGCCACAGUGACAAAUAUGCAACCUGAGCGCCAAGGCUUACUCAUCAAACCGUUGCACGGAGGCUUGCUGAGCGUCCGGGAGCCAUUUGAUUCUAAAGAAGACAAUAGUUUUCUUUCUAUCACUGUUACACAAGCAAAAAUAUCGAAUUUGCCCGAAGUAUGGAAAGAAGAGCUGCUCCCAAAGCACCUUGAACAAAAUUCGAAUGUAGACACAGUGUGGGAAGUUUACGUGACUUUGGCGCCAUUGGAGAUGAUGAUUCGCCCCGAUGUUGUAGAACACUUCGUAGACUAUGUGCGAGAACUGAUGCCUGAUCAGUAUUGUCCAGUGAAACCUACUGAUUCAAGCAGCCCCAGUUCAUGGGAGUGGCCGAUCGUUUACAUCAACGCAGGUGGCUUCAGGCUACUCCUCAACUGCUUAGACGAAACUAUCACCGAGGAAGAUACCGUCAUUCUGAAUGUUGGGAAAAUAGCAGUGAACCCGCAACCGAAAAACCCUAUCUGCAGACAACUUGUGAACGGGAACCCAGAUGCUUGGAAUUCCAGCAUGAUCUUAGAUGGACGUCAGUAUGAAGCGAUUAUGAAGAAUUUUUCGGUUCGCAUCGCAAAGCUGAGUGACUUGGCUAAUGAGGAAAGUGAAGAGAAUCCAUCGGCUGUUGAGAACCCCGCUCACAAGUGGAGUCAGCCGAUCGAGGCGCCAAUUGUUACACCGGUGGUGCAUUCUGUGGAUCUAAGCUGCGUGCUGGCCCCGGCGGUGUACAGCGGCGGCGUGCUGGUGUCCGGGCCGGCUGCGGAGCUGAACCUGCUGGGAGACUGCUCCGUGGAGAUCGGCAUAGAGCGGCUGAAGCUUAUGCGCACUCUCGUCGCUGGCUACACACAGGCCUUCGCUGAAAGGUCUAGCUCCUUCUUGAUGGGUGAAGUCACAACAUGUCCAUAUGUACCAUUUCUCAAGAGCCUAACUCAGCCCGAUACGUCAUAUAUUGAGUUAGAGACAGCAAACGUGCCUGAAGAAAUAAAAAGCACCAUUGACCUGAGUAAUAAAAUCGACUCCGGUUUCGAGACAGCCACGUCGACGUUCAAACUCAACCGCGACUCUAGCUUCGCGCCUAGGAAGACUGUAUCUAUUUCCUGUUUAGAUCAAAAGUCAAAAGCAUCGGAUUAUUUAGAGGUAUUCGUUACUAGUGGACUUAUAGAGCUUUCACUAUACGUAAAGGACGACUUGAGUGCGGAGAUAGCGGCGCUGCGCCCACCGCGUGGGGUCUUCAACGAACCGACUGAUUCUAAUGGACACAGGAUUAAGAUUAAAGUUGAAGAAAAAAAAGAUACAAAAACGGACAAAAACAAUGAUGAAGCAAGACCUUCAGUGAGCACGUAUGGAAGUAUCACUGAGACGACAAGAAAGAAGGACAUUGGGAAUUCUAAGCUAGAGGAGCUCAUCCUCCCACCUGCAAGAAAAAAACAAGGGAAUGUUCCACUUCUUCACACAUCCCUGCAGCAGUUGAGUCUAUAUUAUUUGAAGAAAAAGAAGCAAAAGAAUUUUCAGGUAACCGUGUUCGACGCCUGGUUCGGUCUCGGCGUGGGUCAGGUGGAAGGGCACUGGAACGCGCCGCUGCUGACCACGGCGCGCGGCUCACCCGACCCCGACACGGAGAUACCUCUCGCGCUCGCCACCCUGCGUGUCGAUCUUUCCUCCGGUACGUACGUGCCAUUGAGCGACGCAAGUUACCGCAACGCCGUGCAUUUGGAGAUAGAGAGGCCGGUCAUGUUGGACGUUUGCUCCGACAGGCUGAGACGUAUCAAAGGCAUCAUGGGAUUGCUCAGUAUGAACGCGCCGACACUGCGACGUCACGUCGACGAUGUUGCCGUUCAAGAUGAACCAAACUCGCUUCUGUACAGAAUAAAGCAUAACAUGACGAAAUGUCAAAUCGAGAGCGUGACAGUUGUGACGGGACAGGUAGCCAUUCGAGGUUCCGAGGGGGCUGUAGGAUGGAGCACAUUGAGUGUGCAGGCGGCGACUGGGUCUCGCCCCGAAGAGCGGCUGCGGUGCUCGGGCCUGGUGACCGCCCUGGUGCUGUCUUCGGGACCCCCCGCCGACCGGAGACACGUAGUGAUGCAUCCCAUGGUAGCUGGGGCUCAGUUAGACGCAACCUGGGACAAUUGGCGCAAGCAAGAGAGUGGUGUUGUGGCCCGACGGCCUUCCGUACGAGUGAGGAUCGAUGUCGAUAAAAUGAUCUUGGAACUUCGGCCGAGCGAUGUUGCAGCUUUUCUCAGAAUUAGGGAGUCUCUCCAAGAAACUAUGGGAAGAAGUGAAACUGAGACUUAUAUCAGAAAUAGCGUCAAUGAAAAUUCCGCCUCGUCCUCGAGGACGAAUACGAAAGAUUAUCAUUUUUUUGAUGACUUGCGGAGCGGGGCCUUCAAAAUAAUCUCAGGAAGUCAGCUCCCAAUGGCUUACCAAGUGACUUUGCAGGACAACAUUAUAUCUUGGAGAUACCCGCAGCCUCGCGCUAUCUUCCAAAUCACAGUUCAUCCUGUACUGGAAGAUAGCGAGGAAGUAGUGGAGUGUGCGUUAGAGUUUCACUGCCCGCUGCUGGCGCACUGGGAGCCGCACACUUUUUUCAAGCUACCGGCGACGGAGCCACUGGAGUUGUAUCCCAGCACAUCCCAGACUGAUACAGUAUACGCAACAACGUGGCGCAUACGGGCCUAUUCGAAUUUAGAAAAAGACAAGACCGAUCUGCCGUUCGUGUUCGACGAAAAGAUAUUCGUGCCGAGACAUGAUCCGUUGGGCGCGGAACCGGGUGCGGCCGGCGAAGGGUAUCGAGAGGGCGCAGUGAACGCGGAGCGACUCAUGGGCGCGCUGCGCGUCAGCUCCGUCCACACGCCGUCUUCCGUACCGCACGCGACGCUGGCCGUGCGCGUCGGCGCGCUCGACGUGCACGCGCACGACGACCCGCGCGAUCUGCCCAGACAAUCCCAGUCGUUGGAAGGCUACUACGUGUCCAAGCCACUGAUGCGCAGCCAUCGUUUCAUCUCUAUCAACAUGAAAAACACCGAAGUGCACGCGGUUGUCGGUAUUUUACCGAGGAUACUUCUGAACACAAACAUCUCAGCCGACAUCCUGAAUACCGCUGACGGAGUCAUGGAGCCGCUCAUCGAAGAGUUCCGCGCUCGUGGCUCGGUGUCCUUGAACGGUGGCCGUAAAUUAUUUUUGAAAAUGGGAGACGUGAACGUGAAAUUGGAUAUUCCAAAGUUAUACACGCUGAAAUCGAUGUUGAAUGACUGGCGCAAAGUUUGUAAUGCGGACGCGGGUGAACGCGAACGCAGAGCAGCGUCCAGCGGAGAGGCCAAUAAUGUCGCUACAAAGGUUUUGGACGGGCGAAUUUCACUUUGGAUCCACAACACUUGUUCGGUGGCCUUGCGAAUGGGACAGGCGGAUACCGAUGAAUCGAUACCGAUAGGAGCGGGCGCCUCGCUCGCUUACAGAUGGUUGUCAGCCACGGCACCAAAAAAGUUACGUUUCGCAAUCGCUACUCCGUGGCUCGACUGGCGCUGGUCGAAUGGUGUCGCCUUUGUCAACGGGAGUUGUCGAGUAAGACUGGAAGAGAAACAGGUCGUCGGCGAGGCGAACAGGGCUGGCGAAACGUUUUUAUACAUUCGCGUCAAAGAUGUCGGCGUGCGGCGCGACAUGCAUCUCUCCGGCAGAAUCACUCUCGCCAACAUGCUGCGAUCCCCCUUGAUGUUCAAGGUGCGGGAAAAAUGUCCCGCGGAUAAUACGUGGAAAAAUGUUAGUACGGGUACCAUAGACGGUGAAAGUGUUCCGAUAAGUGUCCUCUGUAACGAGGAGCGUGAUGUGGUGUUCAAGCUUAGAUUUAGCGCGCUCGAGACAAACCGAUGGUCUGGUGACAUUCCGCUGAAAGAAUGUCGACAAGAUAAAAUGCCGUGGCUCGUCAAAGUGCCCACCGGUGAAUCGUACUCGGCGAUAUGGUGCCGCGUGGUGCGCGCGCACGCCGACGGCCGCGUCAUCGCCACUGCUUGGCCGUUCUUCAUGGUGCGCUCGCACUUGCCUCUCGACGCUGAAGUAACGAUAAAGUCAAAACCAGGCGCCGUUACAGUGCAAGACGCGCCGUCACAGAACGAGGCGGAGGCGGAGACACUGUCCGUACAGACGGUGGUCGGACGCGGCGCCACCCAACAUCUGCAGACGCCCGGCACCGCGUCAACCACUCACUCGCUCACCUUCAAGUACAGCGACGUCAGUGACUGUCCUUCUGGGACGCUCGAAAUUCCACUGUUCUACGGAGUGACGAAGACUUCAGUGUUUGCAAACGCAAAAUCGGUCAACGAGAUAGAGGAAAUUGCAGAAGAUUUAGCAGAAUGGGUACGUCACUCUGGUGCGCGCGCGGAGUCAGGCUGGCCGUACUCGAUAGUAAGCAACCAUUGGCCAGGCACUUGGCAGCGGCCAUCGCGGCAGCCGGAAACUGAGAUUUUGGUCAAUUAUGUGCCGGUGCGCGUGGGAGGCGGUUGUUCGCUCGAGCUGCUGAUCCGUCCCUUGGUGCUGAUCGCGAACGCGUCUCCGCUCACGCUGACGCUGCGCGCAGACAACGGCGCGCCGCUCUGCGCGCUGGAGCCCGGCGUCGCUGUGGCGGCGCCGAAGGAUGUCAUGACCAACCCAUUCUUCCUGUCGAAGGAGAUCGGUCGCGAAACGUUCGUGAGCGACAAGCUGCGAGUGUGGCAGCAGGAGCCGGGGCGCUACGGGCAGGCGCCGCCGAACCACGUGGCACUCGACCGCGCCGUCGACUUCGCCGUACGCUGCGGACAACUGGUGGAGAUGUUGACUAUGUGCUACGAGGAAAAGGAAAAAUUAAACAUCCUUGGAAUAACUCCUACAUUCGUUUUCAUUAACAGACUACAACGUGACGUUUCGGUGUUAGCGCUCGCGGUGGGUGACACCACACAUGAAGAAUGCUUCCUACCUACAUAUUCCGAUACAGAGUUCGAUAUCGUCGAACCGACUCUUGAUACAAGCAACCACGGCAGGCCGCUCGUGUUCAAGCUGCGCGAGCGCUGGGGCGGCGAGCUGGCCGAGCUGCGGCUGCUGCUGCUGCUCGCCGUGUCGGAGCACCGGCACGCCGUGCCCGUGCGCCUCGACGUGCCGCAGAAGCGCCGCCCCAUCGGCCUGCUGACUGAAACCUCUUGCGAGGCCGUCGUAGUGACACAAAUGCGCCACGAAUAUCGCUGGAUAGUCACAGUGGCGCCGGACCCGUACCCACAGUUUGCGGUGCAAAACAAGACAUCUGCAAACGUGAUGCUCGUGGCCCAAUCGACUCCUGAAGACAUGGAUAAGGGUCGGCCGAAGCUGGAAUGCAGCGGAGUGAAGUGGUGGAACACCGUGCGGGAUACAGUACUAAUGUAUUCUACGCCUUCCUACUGCGAGCAGUAUCCUUCUUUGGACAAACAGUCCGAAUCGCAGGGCAUUUUUUUCAAUUUUGGAUAUGGAGUAGAUAAACCUUCUCCGGAGAUCAAGUGGACUGAACCGGUGGAGAUAACGGAGGGCGAACACCUGGUGCAGUUGUCGGCGGAAAGCCGCACGAUCAAAGUUCGCGUCAACAAACAUCCCUACGCGACGCUCGUACAGCUGAUGGACGUUGAGCGGCAGGACAUAUCUGCCAGCGAUAUUAGGCGACGGCUACUAAAACCGUCGGCUAGUGAAAUUGCGCCGCCUCAGCAUCAAAACCAAUCUGCCACUGAUAUUAGGCAACAGCCGCUAGUAUCGUCGCCUAAUGAAUUAGCGUCACCUGAAGAAGAUCAAAACCAAUCUACCAGCGACAUUAGGCAACAGCCGCUACUACCGUCGCCUAAUGAAUUAGCGUCGCCUCAAGCAGAUCAGAACGAACCUGCGAGCGAUGUAACACCGUCACCUAAUGAAAUUGCGUCGCCUCUCGAAGGUAAUCAAACUGCCGUGGGGGUUGAAGACUCGAACGAUGUGGAGGGCUCGAUGGUAGGAAAUUACCAUGAUAACUCGUUUGAUGACGAAGACGAAGAGCCAGCUGCGUCGAGCAGCAAUCAACCGUGGUGGAACAUCGAGCAAGUCAGCUGCACUGUCGACAACAUCGGCGUGACUUUCGGCACUUCCGGCCACGUGCUGCCAUUGUUGGCAGUGUAUCUGCAGAAAACGGCGUUAUUGGUGGAAUCUAACUCUGAAAAUGUCGUCACAACAGUAACCGUAGGCAACGUUCAACUGGACAAUCCUCAGUAUGCGACAGAACAGUACGACUUUGCCGUGGUGGCCACGACCCAAGUGAUCAUAGAACAGCCGGAGAGGUGGUCGCCUCUCUGGGGAAUGUGGAACGUAGACUUGCCGACGAACACUGAAGACGCGAGAAUAUUUCUGCGAACGUGCCUCGAGAAGUGGACAGUGUUCUGUCGCAGUUAUACAGAUGUGUCGGAGAUAGAAAUUCGAGUGGGGCCACUAGCCCUGUAUAUAGAGGACGCGUACGUAGAUGCCCUUGCUGGGCUGUACCACUUGAUCGUCAGCCACAGUAACGCGAACUGGGAUUCGACGGCAAUCGCUGAGUUCCUCACUUUGCAACGACCAAUCAGAUUUGGAAGACUGUACAUUCACCCGUUAAAUUGGACUUUGACUGUCCACACUGCGGUACGAAUAUACAUAGCACUAGACGAGAGUCCGCUUCGCCUCAGCGCGUUCCAGCUGCAGAACGUGAUGACUACCCGGGCGCAGCUUACCCACGCGCUGACUGUGCACUAUCUGUCUGCGGCUAUACUCGGUGCAGGUUGGGUAGUAGGUGGCUUGGAGCUACUGGGUGCCCCAGGUGCAUUAGCAGCGCGAGUAGGAAAUGCGGAGGGAGGAAUCCGAGGAGUGGCUUCGGCGGCAGCUGGUGCCAUGCUCAGAUCGCUAAGUGCCGCCGCUGGGUCGCUCGCAAGGAACCUGGACUUGCUAGCUGGCGACGAUGAUCAUGCUAGAAGGGCCGCACAAGCGAGGAGGCGACCACCCCCGAGUUUGAUGGAAGGAGUCGUGACAGGAUGUAGAAAUUUUGCUGUCUGCCUUCUUGGCGCGGUUGGUGGAUUAGCCCACCACCCAGUCGUGGGCGUGGCCGUGGGCGAGAGCAGUAGUGGCGCGACUGGACUACGCAGAGGCCUGCUGGGCGCCAUCACUAAGCCGCUCAGCGCCACAGCCGACCUGGUCGCUUACGCCGGACACGGUUUACUGCAGCAGACUGGCUGGGAUCUCGUGCCGAAGCCUCGUCUGAGCGCUGUUCUUACACCUCGGAGCGUCCCGAACAGCUGGCGCCGCGACUGUGUGCAUUGGUGUUUCCGCCUCGCGGAGCUGACUGCCAUUGCCGGCUUCAGCGUGCAGCGCAACAACGCGGAGAUCUACUUGAUAAUCACGCACAGGUUUUUGGUGAUUAUCGACCCCCAAUCUCAAAACAUUGAAGAAAUGAUCGAUUGCAAGGCCUGCACACUCAAGCCCUUCCAAGGACCAACCGUUGAGAUACAAAUUCGAAAGAAAUCACCCCGGACAUCGGAACCUCGUCUCAGUACACCUAACGAAAAUGAAAACGAAUAUCAGAUGAGCGCCGCGGCGAUGGCUCGCGUGGCGCGCUUCACCGGCUCCGAGGUGACGGUGGCCGAGGGCCGCGUGGUGUCCGUGGUGACGUCACCGGCGGACGCGCACGCGCUGCACGCGGCGCUGGCCGCCGCGCUGCAGCACAACAGCGCGGCGCACUUCCAGCUGUUGUAGACUUCGCAGCGGUGCCGUGUUCCACAUUUGGCACACCCACGAAUGUAUGGAUUUCAGUUACCAUUUUUAUAUUAUUAUUAUAUUUCUUGUUUCUUGAACUUGUUAGCCGAUAAAAUUUUCCUCUUUUUACAUAAAAACACAGCAUUUAUUAUUGUUGCAUUUCUUAUAUCCAUUCGCAUUUGCGCCGUCAGUGAUAACGCAUUUAUUAGUAUGUAUUUUGUCAAAUUACCACACGAAUUCUAUAAAGCAUCUUACAGUUAAAGAUAAUUUUCAUUUUGUUUGAUUUUUGGCAAUGCAUCAAAUUAAAACCUACUUUUCCAGAAAACUUUAACUGUCAGUUGGCUUUUCAGUAAUAGGUUAUAAGGUUGUGCCAGUUUUUGAUGUUACGUAGUAUGUGGAUGAGCCUUUCAAACGUCCGUUUUCAAUUAUAAACUAAGAUGUAGGCAAUCUGAUUACCUAAGUAAUAAUAAAAAUUGCACCUAUUAUUAACAUUGUAACAACAAUUCAAUUACCAUAAACAUUGCAACCUAGAGGCAAACAUGUGAAGUUUCACAUGCCUUGACCGGCGGAGGGUAGCGCAUUUUACUAGUUGUAGGGUCUUCGUGACCACUACAAGCAGCAGUGCUGUGUUCCUGUCCGAAGGCAGCGGUUGCGGUAAAAUUGUAGAGAAACGUGGCUUAACACCUAUGACUCAAGUUGACGGGCACUAAGUAAUGCUUCAUUGCGAGUGUGUUCUGCGAACUGUUGCUUUAUUAUAGACGAUGGCGGGCGAUUUUUUAUUUUACAUCAGCUUGAUUAUUAUGUGUAUCGGUGUACUAUUCAAAUAAUUAAUCACUACGUAAUUUUUCAACAUAUUUUUGUUUUUACAAUCACCCAACAUUGUGUUUUCAACUAAAUGACAAAUAUUAAAAUUAUUUUGACAUAAACUGGCAUUAGUAUAGCAGUGGAUGUAGAAAGUAGUUACGUUAUUUUAACGGAAAACCGUUACUUAUGUUAGAUGAUCGUGAAAAUGAAAAAUCACUGCCACUUCAUGUAAAAUGGCGUAGCUAAGGUAUAUUCGUUGUAAUAAUUAUACUCACAAAAACGAUAAUAUGAUGAAAAACAAUGUGUGUGUGACUCUUUAUUUGGGUGGUACAUAAUAACCCUGGAGGGCUGGUUUUACUAGUAUUAUAAAAAAAUGUCGACCGAAGGAUACACGGCUAUUAUCUGUUGCCAUAGGUUCUAUUUUAAAAGUACGACGCAUCCGCUAAUGCGUCAACACAAUUGCCAAAUCACAGACAAAUUACUUGGGUGAUCAGAACAUAAUUAUGAGUGUUUUUCUAAUAAAUUACAGUUCUGUGUAUUUCUGUGUCUAGAUUUUAGUAUUACAAAUGUCUAGAUUAGUACUCUUAUGUGUCCAAAGUUUUAUUCAUAAGUAGAGGUACGCAAAUAUAUGUGGUGCUUCGCUAAAAUUUCAUGUCAUACAAGAAACAACAAGCUUACUUUUCUAUUUCCACGCUACACCGCGUGUUAAAAAAAGUAAUUUGGCGGUAAAUAAAUUCAAUCCAUUACAUACAAAUGUAUAAAUUUAAAAGAUUGUUAUAGGAGACGAAGCGUUUGUCGAAAAAUCUUAUACAGGACUGUUACAUUCGUGGAAGUCUAGGAUUAUACUAUUGUCCUCAAGAUACUAGAGCCUAAAUAUGGCUGUUUAUCGGGACAACAGGAUGUUGUCCUAAUUGAGAUCUCUUCCCUUUGUGGUCCAUCUUCGUAUUGAACGUAGGCUACAAAGACAAGAUUCUCCCAUUACGAAAUUAGACAAUUCAAAUGAUUUAUUCUCUUUGAGAAGGCUAACUUGAUACAACAGAAGUAAUAUUUAAAAUACAAAACAGUAACUUGUUUCCUCUCACUCUUUGUAAUAGAAGAACGAGAGAUAGAUGAUCGGUUUGUUCGGAUGAUUGCAAAGCAGAUAAAUAAUUCACAUAAAAGAAUCUUUUCGAUUAAGAAAUUUGUCAAUUGUAAUGUAUUUUGUAGCUCCAUGACAAAGUUUUUAAUAAAAUAUUAUCAAGACUUAUGUAGCGGCGAUUUAAAAUAUCACUAUGAUCUCAAUUAUAAUAAUAUACAAAACAUUAUUUAUUAUUUAGUUUCAAGGGAAACUUGAUUAGUGAAUGUGGAUUCUGAUUAAGUAAGCUUGUGUUAAGAUACUUGAAUUUUGUUAAAGUUAUACAAAGUUUCUUCUGAUGCAGUUGACAUAAUGUGUUCACGGGUGGGGGGUGAAAGGAGAUCUCAGUAAUUCGCAGCCCGACCCAGACCCCAGAACCUCGUGAUCCGAAUUCACAGAAAUUAACCACUGAACCAUCGAGCCAGUUAAUAAUACGUUCCAUUAGUAAUAAUGACUAGCAAAUAAAUUGUAUGUAUGCAUUUCGCCCCAGAAGAAACUUAACGUAUUUAAAUAUUUUGUGAAUGUAAAAAUUUUGUCGUAUAGUAUGCGUUAAACAUCUUGUCCGCUUUGAAUAAUAAGGCGGCACAAAACAAUAACUUAUUUCAGCUGGGCUGGUUCAGCGAGUUGCAACUUCACGAGCGGACUGAAUGUUUGGCGAAUAUUAUCCAGGGUGUUCCGUAAAUAUUUGUGUAUUUAUGUUAUUAUAUUAAUUUUAUAUAAACGUUUUAAUAUUAGUUUAGCAGGAAAGUGGACCUGUAGAUAUUCGUUUGAAUGGAAAGAAAAAUUUCAUUUCUGGCCUACGAUGGUUGAUUCAUUAGUCUUGAAACGAAUGUUUUUAUUUCAUUAUAACGAAUUCGUAGGUUUCACAGUCUAUAAUAAUAGAUUGUAUAUAAUAGACUCGGCAGUAUUUUCCUGUGUUAAGACUACGGUCAGAAUCCUAAUUGUAUACAAAGAAGUAAUGAUGUAACAAUACUUAAUAGUGGUAAGAUUAUCCAUACAUUACCCUGUUGUUGUAAAUCUGUUAAUUUAUUCCUUUUCGUUAUAGAACAUUCCCGGGUUUACCAGGGUCUUACUCUUAUUGUAUUCAGCAGGCUGGAACAGACUGUGUUAUUUAAUAUAAACGUGUAUAAUAUGCAUAUAAGAAUUUAAUGCGGUGCCAAAGGAUGUUGUGGAGCUGAGUCCCAAUUACUCUUUUGUGUGUGGAUAAUAUCACUUUGUACCUUAUGACUAUGUCUCUUUUCGCGACUGCCCAAUAAAUUCAGUGCAUUGUUUAGUUAGUUUUCAUUAACUUGUAUGUAAUAAAUGUGUUUUCCUACUCCCAUCUACUCAAUAUAAAACCUUAUACCAUAUCACAAAGCUAUUCUCCUACAGGUCGUUUGGUAAUGUAUUUUACCACACCGGUAAACCGUGCUACAAUGAUUAUUUUAUUAAUUUUUAAAUAGUUCCAUGGCAUUGGUUACAAAAAUUUAAGCUUCCUUAUAAAGGACAAAAUUUGUAUUCUAUUAUUUUGUAGCACACGUGCUACAAUAGCUAAUUAUUAUUUAAUUACUAUUACUAUAGAUUUAUUAUUCAAUUAUUAUCUGUAUAUUUUGGGUGUAUAACAUGAAUUAAAGAAAUUAUCAUUAUUAUUAUAAUGUAAUGACCCCAUCCAUCUCCUAUAAAAAAGUGGAUGCACAAUCAGCGAUCAAAAAACGUCCCCACUAAAUGAGUGCCAAACACAACUUCUUGGCACUCAAUUCAAUUAGUCGCAUUUGCAAAUGCAACCUAGAUUUCGAUCCUUAAGGUUGAAUUUGUUCUCAAUUUGGUAUUUUAUUGAAUAUUGACUAUAUUUACAGGUCGUUAGGUAUAAUUUUCUUUACCCAUAAUUUUAAAACUUUCUACAUGAUUGUGCGUCCUUUUACUAUAAGAUCAAUGAAUGAACCCCAUUAUAUAACAGUGGCAUAACUAUUUCUUGUCCUAUGACACUGUCUAAAUGGACUGGACAGAUUUGGGUGUAUAGGGUAGAUAUUAAAACCCAGAUCCAGACUAAGGCAGGGCAGUCGUGUUUUUCAUUAUUUAAUUUACUUUAAUUCUUGUUAAGUAGGUAUAUUACUGCAGCUUAUAUUUUUGUAUUAUUCAAAAAGUAUUUUUCUAAAGAUGUAACAAUAAUUAGUAUUAUCCCUUACCUGGUCUCAAAGAACGCACUUUAUUUGAUACUUUUUACCAAAACUCUAAAUAUAUCGUAAACGAAAAUAUUUCACUGUUGUCCGCAGACUUUUUUUACGAGUAAAAGGACUGAGGAUUUUCCAAUCUCCCAACGUUAGUAAAAGUAAUAAAUGUUAAGGUAAGAUAUGACCACCCUCUAACCCGUUCAUUAUCACAUUGAUGACGGUUGUUUUUCCAACUUUCUAUAAAUAAGUUUCUUCUAUAAAAGACUUUUAUAUUUAUUUUAUUUAGAAGUGUUUUAUGAUAGGCGUAAAUAUUGUAAUUGUUGGUAUAAUAAAAGAUGUUUAAUACGA